AUGGAGAGAUUUGCAGCAAGGUGCCUGUUGGGCACCCGGUGGAGGGACACCAUGUUCGGAGACACAAUGUUCGGGGAGAUGUGUUCAUUCGGGCUCAUGCGCGAACUGGGAAUCGAUGCAGAUUCUGUUCGCCGUUGUGCUUUGGCAAGGACGGAGGUGGUGUUGCGCCAGCAACUGGAGGAGCAGGCCUGGUCUCCGAGCGCCGUUCGUGUGAACGGAUGGCGUUUUGCAGGCGACCCAAGCCCAGACCAGGUUUUCCGUGCAGCCUGUUCGGGCCUCGUCCAUGCACCUUCACAAUGCGAGACUCACGAGACCAGUGAGACCAGUGGCACCCUGUCCUUCCGUGAUGUGGUCGAUGCAGCUUUGACACUUGGCAACCUCACCCUUGCCAUCCUGGACAAGGCAGCUGCGCUACACUCACUGCACACAAGCAAGCAUGAAGUCAAGCAGAGUCGAGGUCCGAAGCCGGGCCCCCUGCGCACCCCGGAUGUCCAGGACCUCGCCCCACAUGUCCAGGGCCUCGCUUCUCAGCCCUCGAGCGAGCCUUCCUUGCCAUCAACCCCAGCGACCACUGCUGUGACCGACCGGCCUUUCACCACAGCUCCAGGCAUGGAUGCAAACCACCAAGGAUCCGUGCAGAAACCUUGGCGGCUGGAUUCGCACUCCAUGUUGCCCUUUGCGAUUGGGGCUUCCUUGGGAUUGCUUGCCAUCCUGUCGUUCGCAGGCGGCUGGCUUCUCGGCUUCUUGCGUGACGCCCGGUCGCGUGGAUUGGACGCAUCUUCGGAGAUGUCUGUUUAUGACCUCCAUCAGGACGCAUGA